AUGGGGUACUGUACCCCAAAAACGGGCACGGAUGGCAGCCCUGCUACGAAACUAAAAACUCUUUUAAAUAAAGCUAAACCUUCUAUUCAAUACGAAGUGUGCAAGAAAAAACCUCAACCAACAAGUGAAUUUCUUAAGUUUGCGAAAGAAGCUGAAGAACUUAUGCAAUUAUCAAAUUUAACCUUUCCUACCGCUCUUGGUAUAUCUCAUGAGUCCUUCUCGCAAUCUACACCUACAUCUAUCGUUCCUUCGUAUUCUGCUUCUCAGAAUAAUUACCCUUAUACAAAUUCUCGUAACUCUAAUCAUAGGAACCAAAAGCUUUUUUCUCAUUCAUCAGCUCUAUCAUCACAAAAUCGGUCGACUCCUGGUACCACCUUUUCACAACAAUCUCAACCACGUAAUUCAGCCCCUACGCAUGCUACUAGUAAUCGUCCUAGCCCUCGUAUAACAAACUCGAAUACUAACAAUAUCACGCCUCCUCGGCAACCUACUGUUAAUGUUAUUGAUCUCCCUCAGUCAGCUAACCACGUUGAUCUUCUAUCACAUGAACUCUCAUCCAUUCUCCGUAGUCGUUGUAAUCAACUUGGACAUGAGGCUUCGGUCUGUUCAAGUUUCUAG